AAGCAAACAGCUUUGAAGUGGUCACAGGGCUGGGCCCUGGGCUAAGGGCUUUAUGGGCAUUGUCUCCCGUGUGUGCCUGCAAGUGCCAGCCGCACUGCCUCUCAUCGCUGGGCCAGUACUUGUCGCUCCAGGGUUGACGUGUGUGUGGAGGAAAGCCCGCACAGGCUGGUGCCCGUGGCCCUGCGGCAGGAGACCCUGUAGGAAAUGAGUGGCCGCCCCAGGCCGCUGGGGUUUGCCAGAGCCAGCUGCCCCUGAGGGCCUCUCCGAGGGGCUCAGCCCCAGGCCGUGCCUCCCCUGGUGUCCGGGGUGACGGGCACCAUGACCGACUCCCCGUUCCUGGACCUGUGGCAGUCCAAGGCGGCGUCCACCCGGGACCGGCUGGGCAUCAGGGAACACCCCAACGACUCCUACUGCUACAACUCGGCCAAAAACAGCACCGUGCUCCAGGGCGUCCCCUUCGGCGGCAUCCCCGUCGUCCUGCUCAUCGACGUCAGCUGCUUCCUGUUUUUAAUAUUGGUGUUUUCCAUCAUAAGGAGAAGAUUCUGGGAUUACGGACGCAUUGCCCUGGUGUCAGAAGUGGGCAGCGAGUCCAGAUUCCAGCGGUCGUCAUCGUCUUCCUCGCAGGGGCCACAGGAUUUUGAAAGUGACCUGGGAUGCUGCCCCUGGCUCACUGCGAUCUUCCGUCUGAACGACGACCAGAUCCUGGAGUGGUGCGGGGAGGACGCCAUCCACUACCUGUCUUUCCAGAGACACAUCAUCUUCCUGCUGGCGGUGGUCAGCUUCUUGUCCCUGUGCGUCAUCCUGCCUGUCAACCUCUCGGGCAACUUGCUGGAGAAGGACCCGUACAGCUUCGGGAGGACGACGAUAGCAAACCUCCAGACCAACAACGACCUGCUCUGGCUGCACACCGUCUUCGCCGUCAUCUACCUGUUCCUCACCCUGGGCUUCAUGCGGCACCACACCCAGUCCAUCAAGUACAAAGACGAGAGCCUGGUGAGGCGGACCCUGUUCAUCACAGGACUCCCCAGACACGCCACGAAGGACGCGGUGGAGAGCCACUUCCGGGACGCGUAUCCCACGUGCGAGGUGGUGGAGGUCCAGCUGUGCUACAACGUGGCCAAGCUGAUCUACCUGUGCAAGGAGAGGAAGAAGACGGAGAAGAGCCUGACCUACUACACCAACCUGCAGGUGAAGACGGGCCAGCGGGCCCUCAUCAACCCCAAGCCCUGCGGCCAGUUCUGCUGCUUCGAAGUGCAGGGCUGUGAGCGGGAGGACGCCAUCGCUUACUACACGGGCCUGAAGGACCGGCUGAUGGAGAGGAUCACGGAGGAGGAGUCCAGGGUCCAGUUCCAGCCCCUGGGCAUGGCCUUCGUCACCUUCCAGGAGAAGUCCAUGGCCAUCUACAUCCUGAAGGACUUCAACGCCUGCAAGUGCCAGGGCCUGCGGUGCAGAGGGGAGCCCCAGCCGUCCUCCUGCAGCAGAGAGCUCGGCAUCUCCCAGUGGACGGUCACCUUCGCCGCCUACCCCGAGGACAUCUGCUGGAAGAACCUCUCUGUCCAGGGCCCCCGCUGGUGGCUGCAGUGGCUGGGCAUCAACUUCGUUCUCUUCGUGGUGCUGUUUUUUCUGACCACACCCUCCAUCAUCAUCUCCACCAUGGACAAGUUCAACGUCACCAAGCCCAUCCACGCGCUGAAUGACCCAAUCAUCAGCCAGUUCUUCCCCACCCUCCUCCUGUGGUCCUUCUCCGCCCUGCUGCCCACCAUCGUCUACUACUCCACACUGCUGGAGUCUCACUGGACCAAGUCUGGGGAAAACCGGAUCAUGAUGACCAAGGUCUACAUAUUCCUGAUCUUCAUGGUGCUGAUUCUGCCCUCGCUCGGCCUCACCAGCCUCGACGUUUUCUUCCGCUGGCUCUUUGACAAGUCUACCCCCGACACCUCUAUCCGGUUAGAGUGCGUCUUCCUGCCGGACCAGGGCGCCUUCUUUGUGAACUACGUCAUCGCCUCGGCCUUCAUCGGCACCGGCAUGGAGCUGCUGCGGCUGCCGGGCCUCAUCCUCUACACCUUCCGCAUGGUCAUGGCCAAGACCGCCGCCGACCGCAGGAACGUCAAGCAGGUGCGGGCUGGCGGGGCGG